AAUAGCGCGUGUGUGUGGCGGCGUCUCCAUGGUGACUGGGCUGUUCCUGGGGAGGCUGUGAUGGGUUGACAGGUGCGUGACAGUCGGAGCUCUCUGCAGGCAUGUACGGCAAAGGCAAGAGCAACAGCAGCGUCCCGUCCGACAGCCAGGCCAGGGAGAAGUUAGCAUUGUAUGUAUAUGAAUAUCUGCUCCAUGUAGGAGCACAGAAAUCAGCUCAGACGUUCUUAUCAGAGAUAAGAUGGGAAAAGAACAUCACAUUGGGCGAACCCCCAGGAUUCUUACAUUCUUGGUGGUGUGUUUUUUGGGAUCUCUACUGUGCAGCUCCAGAAAGACGUGAAACGUGUGAACACUCAAGUGAAGCUAAAGCCUUUCAUGACUACAGCGCUGCAGCAGCUCCCAGUCCAGUGCUAGGAAACAUUCCCCCAGGAGAUGGCAUGCCAGUAGGUCCUGUACCACCGGGUUUUUUUCAGGGACCUGCAGGUUCACAGCCUUCACCCCAUGCACAGCCCCCCACUCACAACCCCAGCAAUCCCACGAUGGGACCUCAUGGUCAGCCAUUCAUGUCUCCCCGGUACCCAGGAGGCCCCAGGCCACCUUUAAGGAUACCCAAUCAGGCACUUGCAGGUGUCCCAGGAAGUCAGCCAUUAUUGCCUAGCGGAAUGGAUCCAACACGACAACAAGGUCAUCCAAAUAUGGGCGGGCCAAUGCAAAGAAUGACUCCUCCUAGAGGAAUGGUUCCACUAGGACCUCAGUCUGACCCUUGGUUAUCAUUGCAGAACUAUGGAGGUGCAAUGAGACCCCCACUGAAUGCUUUAGGUGGCCCUGGAAUGCCUGGAAUGAACAUGGGUCCAGGAGGUGGUAGACCUUGGCCAAACCCCACAAAUGCUAAUUCUAUACCAUACUCUUCUGCAUCACCAGGGAAUUAUGUAGGCCCACCAGGAGGUGGAGGACCUCCAGGAACACCCAUCAUGCCUAGUCCAGCAGAUUCAACUAACUCGGGAGAUAACAUGUACACGCUAAUGAAUGCAGUGCCACCUGGACCCAACAGACCUAAUUUUCCAAUGGGACCAGGAUCUGAUGGGCCAAUGGGUGGACUGGGUGGAAUGGAUUCGCAUCAUAUGAAUGGAUCACUAGGCUCCGGAGACAUGGACAGUAUCUCCAAAAACUCGCCCAGUAAUAUGAGCAUGAGCAAUCAGCCCGGGACUCCUCGUGAUGAUGGUGAAAUGGGUGGGAACUUCCUAAAUCCUUUUCAGAGUGAAAGCAAAUGCCCAAGUGUCAUUUUGGAGGAUUUGGCAUGCAGCAUUUAAGCAUUAAAUACAACUAAGGUAGGUUACCAAGAUCUAAUUCAUUUGAAGUUGUAAUACAAUUUCAUCAUCUAGUAAUCUAGUCCAUUUGAAAUUUUCAGAGUAAUAUUCUAAUAUAUGAGUAAUAUUUUAGUGCAUGAAUAUUAGAAUUUUCUUUUGAACAAGCUCGAAUUUGGGACAGAAAAUAAGAUCUAAUGAAAAAGGACCCACAUUUAAUAUGAAAUAACUGGAUCUGAGCAUAAAUAUAUUCUGUUUCCCAUGUCAUAGGUGUUGUCACAUUAAAGAUUUUACAGUUUACUGUGAUGACACUAAGUACUCUUGCCUCACUGAUAUACAUGUGGAGAUAUGUGGAAGCAUAGGCUGCCCCAUUCCAUCAACCUUGGGAGAAUGCUCCCAUGCAGGUGGUACGUGGAUGUUAUAUCAUCUUGAAAUUUGACAAGGUUUGCUCAAAUGGAACUCCACGUGGACAUUGGAGCUCACUUGCUCACUGGAGCGGUUCUUGGAGCUUCCUUGGUCACUGGGCUGGUUCUUACUGGACAAUAAAAUGUUCAGAUUUUGAAACUGCAUGCGUUGUUAAUGCAUGAGUGCUGAGCUUGUAGAAUAUUGGUUCCUUGUCUUCAGCUUGCUUUUUUAAGCCAUGCAGAAACAGUUAUAUGCCUUAAUGUAACUAACUUUGGGGAAGACAUGUGGCUUUUUUCUGUUCCAUACUACCCCAAACUAUUUUUCCAUUCUAUACUACUCAAAUAUUUGUUAACCUGAAGUAUGUAAUCAUGUAUCCUAUAGUUAACAUCUUAGCAACUUGCCUAGAUUUCUUUUGUAGUUUUACAUGUAAAAUAUGCAAGGAAGCCAUUCUCUUAUAAAUGGGAGAAUUUGCCAUAGCUAUAUAUAUCUUUUUUAGAAUACACCAUUUUACCAAAGUGCAAUUUUUGUUUUCUAAUAUGACAUAAUCCAUUUCCCGCCCACAUUUCUUUUGAGGAAGAGAGGGUUAUAAAUAUUUUUUCUUGCAAAGUUAAAUGACAUCUCAGAUCAUUAAUUCCUCCAUGUUUUUUUAAAAAAUAGGGCUUUGCUAUGUAGCUUUCAAAAAAUCUGACCUAAAAUCUAAUGCAUAUGCCAAUAAUCAUGUGUAAUCUUAUGUUACUAAAUUAGAAAGAUGUCUUUAUAUGUUUGGGGCAUGAUCCAAAGGGCCAAACAUAGUUUUCUGCACAUGCAUUUCUCCUUCUACCUAGCUGUAUUUGAGUGUCCCCUUUGCAACAAUGUGAAAUAACAGUUGGGAGUGACACAGCCAUUGGUUGCUGGUAAAUAAUGAUAUAUACAAAUACUGAGUUACACUAAGCCAGGGUCUCCAACUUUUUUUAGACUCCCAACUUUGGAAUUCUGAUACAGGGUAGUACCCUGUUUCCCCGAAUAUAAGACAUCCCCUAAAAAUAAGACAUAGUAGAGGUUUUGCUGAAGUGCGAAAUAUAAGGCAUC